AUUCAACGCCACCUUUUUCUCCUUGCUUCAUCUUCACUCCUCUCCGGAUGGCUGCUGCUACGGUGGCAUUGUCAGCAGUAGCAACCUCCUUUUCUGCAAGCAGAAGAAAGGCUCUUCUCUCUUCGCUCCCCUCAAGGAGGCCUUCUCUCUUCUUCCUCUAUGCCCCAGAGCCAUCCCGCGCUUCAAAAAUCCCACCUUUGGGCACAAAGGGCUGUCUCCCCCGUUAGAAGCUUGUCGUCAUGCCCUUCGACGGAAUGCGCAUGUGAACCGGAAGCGGAAGAAACCAGGCAGUCUGGCCUUGGUAGGCUCCUCCUGUGCGCCUCGGUCUGGAAAGCUUUCGUCUUUGCCUCCUGUGUUGCUUGUGGUGCUUGCCUCGCGGCCGAUGGAUCCAUAAGAGCUUCUAGUUUGGGGUUGAAGGUUGCUACAGCGCUGAGAAGAAUAGGCUGGCCUGAUGAGGCCGUUGUGUUUGCCGUUGCGACCCUUCCUGUGCUGGAGCUCCGUGGCGCUAUUCCGGUCGGCUACUGGAUGCAGCUUGAUCCUCUCAAGCUCACAGUCCUAUCCAUUCUUGGAAACAUGGCUCCGGUGCCGUUCAUCAUCCUCUACCUGAAAAGGUUUGCGUCUUUCGUCUCACAAAGGAGUGCGGUGGCAACCCGGUUUGUGAACCUUUUGUUUGAGAGGGCCAGAGAGAAGGCAGGGCCCGUGGAGGAGUUCCAAUGGCUGGGUUUGAUGCUGUUUGUGGCGGUGCCUUUUCCUGGUACAGGUGCUUGGACUGGAGCCAUCAUCGCGUCCAUCCUUGACAUGCCUUUCUGGUCAGCUUUCUCAGCUAAUUUUGUCGGGGUUGUUCUGGCUGGGCUGCUGGUUCAUUUGCUCGUGAAUCUUGGCCUGAAAUAUGCAGUCUUGACUGGUUUGCUUAUGUUCUUUGCAUCAACUGUCAUAUGGAGUGUCCUGCGGUCAUUUAAGAGAUCAAUCAAUUCAAACUGAUGGUAAUUGUGUACUUCCUUUCUUGAUUUGAUGAAGAAACUAAUUCAGCUUCAUUGUUUUUACUUUGUCAUAGGAAGUUGCUUUGACUAAUUUAAAGCAAUUUAUCUUCGAGAUGCUAUUUUCCAACUGCUGAGAAUUUUGGUUGAAUCUGGUAGCUUCAUUUGUCCUAGUGAAUUUGACAUCUAUUGCAUCAGGUUGUCUGCCCUGCUAUCAGUAGUUUGCUCUGCUCCCUUUGGACCACCCCAGUAAACUUGCUUUAUGAACAGAGCUUGUUGGAACUCUUGUACAUCACCGAACAAAGGGUUUACUGAUAUGAUUCUGCUUUGGCUAAUAUCCUUGUUUGCUAUGGUUUACUGAUAUGAUUCUGCUUUGAAUUCAAAGGCAGCCCAGAACCUGGGAAGAUUUGAUUAAAUGUAGCAGUACAUCUUCAUGCUUCCAUCUUAUUUUUUCUUUUCAUUUUAAUCAUUUCAGCAACAUUUUGACUCUAUUUUUGCUACUUUACCAUUUUGAAUAUAUUUCUUUGCUUCAGGAAGGUCAAGUCAAUUCAUAUAAUGUUCUACCACCUGUAGAGGAACUUUGAAGAAAAUACAGGAUGCAGUUGGUUCAAACAUAGAAGAAACUUGAUGCAUAUUGCUUUUUACUUUACAACUCAAAGAGUCAUAACUUCGGAUUAAAAAAAUGUCCAAGUUAAUGAUACAUAGGAAAAAUCUGCUUGGCAUUUUAUUUUGGAGCUGAAAGAUUAAAUAUUGCGAGGUAAUGAAGUUAGUUUCUGGCCACAGGCCCUCUUUAUUUUGUUUGUUUGUUUCCAAAUAUUUGUUCUUUUCUGUGAUUCUUUUCCCUCAUAUUUCUGUGUCUAAUUUUCUCCAGAAUUUGCUACCGACUCAAUCAAACAUGGUUAAUUAACUAACAUCAGUAUGAUUAGCCAUUUUGGUCUUGCAUCAAAAGAAAGUCAUGCCAGUGUGACCUUCCCCAGUAGAGUAGCUGCUUUUCUUUUUUUUGCUCUUUCACAAGAAAGUGAUGCCAGUGUUAUGCUAAUACUUGUCGGUUUAUCAUAUGUAAUCUGGCACUCAUCAGCUAUGAAUUGCAGCUUUGGUGGUGAUCAAGUGAUGUUCUAUAGGCAAACAAGAUGGCAUUCAGAUGAAGCAGCAGGAAAUAUGGCUCUUGGCUUUUGUUCUUGAAAGCCUGCUAAAUUGGCUGCUGAUCUUGUGACCAUUAUUUGGAAGAACUCCAAUCUAUGCCACCAAUGAAGAGGAAAUCCAAUCUAUUGCUUUUAUGCUUGAUUUAAAUUUGUCAAACUAUGAGCUGGUUGAUCUUCUUGAGCUCACACAAUCCUUUCAGUGUCUGGUUUUCAAGAAAUAUGUUUUUGGCAAGAAUAUAUUUUGUUUAAUUUGAAGAUUAUCUGGAAGAACUUGCACAGAACAAA